UGGACAUCCAACUCUCAUGUUCGUCGUCGUCAACAUCCCAUCCCGUCCCGUCCUUUGAAUCGGCCCACGACUGCGCACGGCUUUUACGGGGUUAACCCAAGUCUUCAAGACCUCUGAAAGCUCCCGAGUCCGUAUGCGCUAGAGUAUGCGACGACUACAUUACGUCCAUUAGCUGAUUAGUCUUCACCUCUUCUCCCUUCUCUACCAUUGAGGAAGAAUGCCAUCGUUCCGUCGUUGAAUUCACGUAGACUCAUAAUCCUUUACUUCUCUUUCUCCUCCGGCGCCUGCCUUUCUGUAUAAUACCACACUCGGUGAAUUGCGCUCAUAGACUACCAUCUCACUAGACAAGAGUGCUUUACACUAAGCUGGGCUGUUCGUUGAUAGAGCUAGCCUCCCACAUACCAUUAGAAUUCUAGAUGCGACAACGAAGACAUACAGCAGCAGCGGCAAUGACUCCCGAAACGAAGCCCCUCCUGGGGGACGAGUCCUCCAGCCCGUCAGCACACUUUACAUCCGCCCUCCCACUCACCACAACCACCACCCCCUCUCGAGGCAGUGACGGCGCGCAUCAUCUGCCCCAAGCAAUAGCCCACCGCGGCUUCAAAGCGCAAUACCCCGAAAACACCCUCCUCGCCUUCCGCGCCGCGCUCGACGAGGCGGGCGCGCACGCCCUCGAGACGGACCUGCACCUCUCGCGCGACGGCGUCGUCGUGCUCUCCCACGAUGGGAACCUGAAGCGGUGUUUCGGGAUCGAGGACAAGAAGAUCAACGAGUGCGAUUGGAGCUAUCUAAAGACACUCGAGACGGUCAGAGAGCCGAAGCAGAGGAUGCCGAGGCUGGAGGAUCUGUUGGGGUUGUUGGCGGAGGAGGGGAGGGAGGGGGUUUGGGUUUUGCUUGAUAUCAAGACCGACGAUCCCCCAGCAGAACUCCUCGGCCGCGUAGCCGACGUCCUGGCCUCCACGCCGGGCCCCGUGCCGUGGAACGAGAGGAUAGUAUUCGGAUGCUGGAACCAACCCUACAUCACCCACGUCCGCACAAUUCUUCCCGCCUACCCAAUCUCCCUCAUCUCCUGGUCCCCGCUCUACGCCCGUAAUUUCCUCACACCGAAGCAACCGAACCUCUCCUUCAACAUGUUCCAAAAGUCCCUCGUCGGGCCCGUCGGCAAACUGUUCAUCAGGGACGUGAAGAAGAACCAACGACAGCUGUUCGUCUGGACGGUCAACGACGAGGAGUGGAUGGAGUGGAGCAUCCGCGCCGGAGCGGACGGGGUGAUUACAGAUGAUCCAGAGCUGUUUAGGGAGGUUUGUAAGCGGUGGGAGGGGAAAGGGGAGGGGGCAUCUACGUCUACGUCCACGUCGACUUCGGCUCCGUCGGGAGAGCUAGAGGCAGACGCAGACGAGAAGGCGAGGGCGGCUAGGCGGACGGGCCGGGUGCGCGACGGUACGUGGAAGAGGACGGCGAGGUUGUACCUCGAGGUCGCGGGGAUACAGGUCCUCGUGGCGGUGUUCACGCCCAUUCUGAUGCUCGUUGCGCGGUUCGGGGUUGUGGGGCCCGGGCCGAAGGCUGCCAAAGCGUUGAAGCUGUGAGAAUGGAGGGGGGGCUCUCGGAACUAUGUGUUGUUUGCCGAUUUAAGAGAAAUCACCAUAGGAUGAUGAUUCUCGCGGGAUAGAUAACGACUGCCAAAGAGGAGAGACGCGACCUACCUAGGUUUGAGAAAGUACACUCAUAAAGAGAAGGGAGGGGAUGGGCCUCUGGAGAAUGGAGCCCACUGGAUCAUGACUAUGAUCAAUGUUCAAAGAAAGCAGGUUACGUACAUAAGGAGCUAGAGGUAGAGGAGGUAGAAAUAUGGCACUAAUUGCGCAAUGUAGGAUAGAGGCUGGGUGACUAGAACUACAGAG